AUGAUUCUUGAUUACAUUUUCUUUUCGCUCCUUCCUCUUGCUGCUCAGGCUGGUUGGAUCACCUACCAGAACGAAGGCAAGCAGGCUCAGGGUAUCCCCUGUGUUGGUUCCAUCUAUGGUAACGACAACUACCUCGUCUCUCAAUUUGACUGCAAUGCCGUGGACUGGAACGGUACCAUGUGUGACAUGAAGUGUUUCCCUAUCAGCUCUACCACCUGUAUCGGCUUCCCUACUGAGGAGGAGAAGAAGAACAAGGUGGGCGCUGGUAUUUGGUAUGCCCCUCACGGAGCCGACAAUGCGUGCAUUUACCUUGGAAGCACCUACGGCGAUGACUACUCUGACCGCAUUGGCGCCAACACGACUGGCUGUGGCUACCUCGACUGGCCGGAAGACCGCAACUUUGGUCCGGUCAAGCGCAAGGACAAUGGCCCGCAGAAGACCAAGGGCUGCUGGGACACGGACAGCAAGCCUGAAAAGAAGUACAACCAAACCAGUGUCCACUUCUUUGACGGUGCACGUCCCUACAAGCAGGCCUGGUGUGAUGCUGGCUAUGCGACUUCGUGCGGUCCGAAUGAAGACCACUUCUGUGAGGAGGACCUCCAUGACGAGACGAUGAUCAAGUGCAAGACCACCGAAAAGCCCAAGAACCCCGAGCUUCCGCAGAACCGGAAGGGUGGUCUGUGCAACAUUAUUGGAAGCAAGUGGACGCUUGUCAUUGGUGUCAUUUUUGAGGCCCAGCGAGGGCGUAUGGUGGGCAUCUGGCUCGCGAUCCGCAACAUUGGCCCACUCAUCAGCGGCAUUAUCUCGGUCGUUCUCAAUACGGGCGGCAGCGGAGUAGGUAAGGUCUCCUACACGACCUAUUAUGCACUUAUUGCAAUUCAGUGUCUUGGACUACCCGUUUCUCUUCUCCUCAGCCCUCCGGACAAUGUCAUUCGCCCGGAUGGGACGCGUAUUCCGCACCUAAAGCGCAGCCGCACUUCGAUCAAGCGCGAGAUUGUGAGUGUAUGGCACAUCAUCAAGGCCCCUCAAUUUGCGCUUCUCAUUCCCAUUUUUAUUGCCGGGACAUGGGGUUCAGUGUAUCAGUCCAACUACCUCACGGCCUACUUCUCCGUUCGUGCGCGCGCUCUGGCAUCGCUCCUGACGGCCAUUGUCCAGCUUGCGGCCGAUUUCAUCUUUGCCUUUUUUUCCGACUAUCGCGGUUUCGGUAACCAGCGCCGGCGGACUCAGAUUUUAUGGGCGGGUUUUGCAGUUGGCAUCACCGGUCUUUGGAUUUGGCAGAUCGUGACCGAGGUGUUCUUUACGCGGACGAAGGCUACAGUGGACUGGCAUGGAAGCUCGGGCAGUUUCAACAACGCUAUGGCCGUACUCAUCCUUUGGAAGUAUGUAUCAGUGCUAACCAUCAGGUUUUUGUACGAAGCACAACUGGGAUUCGUCUACUGGAUUCUUGGUACCUACCCUCACUCUGACGGCACGAUGGAGCGUGCUGUGGGACUGCUCCGCACCUUUGAGUCGAUCGGAACAUGCAUGUCUUAUGUGGUGGGAACCACCCACUGGGCGAACCUCAACCAAUGCAUCCUCUCGGCCUCACUUUGGGCUUCAUGCUUGAUUCCUACUACGCUGGCCGUCCAAAAGGUGCCUUCGACCAAGAUUGAGCUCUCGGACGAACAGCUCGCGGAAAUGACGCAAGCAUCGAGCGGCGACACGAGCAGCACUGAUUCAAGGAUGCUGUGGGAGAAGGAGGCGAGUGCCUUGAACGAAAUGAAUGACCUUGAAACGCAUCCUACCUUGAGCCAUGGAAGCAGUAAAUAG